ACAGGCACGCACAACGCUCUUAAGGGCACCCCUCCCUCACACGUGUACCAGAGUUUUUCAGAGUCAGGGCUUCCUUGCUGGUGCCUGGCAUGACACGGCAGGAACACCUACUUCCUCUUCUUCUUCUUCUGCUGCCGUCGAUGCUGCGCCCCCCCGUCUGGGCGCGCGCCCUGUCCUGCUCUCCGCUGGGCACACCCGCCCUCCCUCUCUUCUCGGCCGCGGGCGACAUCAACAUCGGGGCCGUGUUUUCCCUCCACAGGAACCCCCUGGUCAGGCUGCACUCCUACACCUCGGAGCCAGAGCCGCUGACCUGUGAGACGCUGAACCUGCGAGAGUUCCAGUUUGCCCAGACUCUGAUCUUUGCUCUGGAGGAGAUCAACAACAGCAGCGAGCUUCUGCCGGGCGUGUCUCUGGGCUACAGCAUCCACGACACCUGUGGCUUUGUGCCCCUGGCUGUCCGCGCUGGCCUGGCCCUCAUGAACCCUCCAGAGGGCCUAAGCAGGGGCUUUUCCUGCCCCAGACCCCCAGGCGUGCUGGGCAUCGUGGGGGAGUCGGGCUCCUCUCCCACCAUCGGGCUCGCCUCUGUGGCAGGGCCCUUCAGCAUCCCAGUGAUCAGCCACUUUGCCACCUGUGCGUGUCUGAGCAACAGGAAACUGUACCCCUCCUUCUUCAGGACCAUCCCCAGCGACUACUACCAGAGCAGAGCCCUGGCCCAGCUGGUGAAGCACUUCGGCUGGACCUGGGUGGGCGUCGUCAACAGCAACAACGACUACGGCAACAACGGAGCGUCCGCCUUCGUCAAAAUGGCGGCGGAGGAGGGGGUGUGUGUGGAGUACAUGGAGGCCAUCUACCGGACGGAUCCCCGGGAGAGGCUGCUGGAGGUGGUCAGGGUGAUGAGGACAGCCUCGGCCAGGGUAGUGGUGGCCUUCCUGGCUCAUGGGGACAUCAUCCCCCUGCUGGACUUGCUGGCUCUGGAUGAAGUUGCAGGGCUGCAGUGGGUCGCCAGCGAGUCCUGGAUCACCUCUAAGUACCUGCUGCAGGCAGAGGCCUACAGCUUCCUGAGGGGCGCGUUGGGAUUCGCCGUCGGGGAUGCCCGCCUGGACGGGUUGAAGGGGUUCUUGGAAGCCGUGCACCCCUCCCAGGCCCCGGGCAACUCCCUCCUCAGGGAGUUCUGGGAGAUGGUGUUUGGGUGUUGGAUGGAGGAGGGUGGGGGUGGAGGGAGGGACAGGUGCAUGGGAGAGGAGAGCCUCGCAGGCCUGAACAACCUGUACACCGACACGUCAGAGCUCAGGAUAACCAGUAAGGUUUACACAGCCGUGUACGCCCUCGCUCACGCUCUCCACGACCUUGUCUGGUAUGAUAACAGAUUAUUAGGAUGUGACAUUGUCACCCCCAUGGGACGGCCUGUGUGUGCUUCUCCCCAGGUUCUGGAGUCCCUGAGAGGGGUGCGGUUCCAGGUGAAGACCGGGGAGGAGGUGUCUUUCAGCGCCAGUGGAGACCCCCCGGCGCGCUACGACCUCGUCAACUGGCAGCAGCUCGACCACGGGGCCUGGGGGUUCAGGACCGUGGGUCUCUACGACGCCUCGCUGGCCCCAGAGAAGCAGCUCAACUUCAACCACUCUCUGACCUGGGCUCAGGGCCACACUCAGGUGCCUGUGUCUGUGUGCAGUGAGAGAUGUCCCCCAGGAACUCGUAAGGCCGUGCAGAAAGGAAAGCCUGUCUGCUGCUACGACUGUCUCCCAUGUGCAGAGGGAGAGAUCAGCAACCAGACAGAUUCAAACAACUGUGUUCCUUGUAACUUGGAGUUCUGGUCCAAUGACAACAGAGACCGGUGUGUGUUGAAAACUAUUGAAUUCCUCUCCUUUGAAGAAAUCAUGGGGAUUGUCCUGGUUAUUUGCUCCUUGUCUGGGGCCUUAGUUACCACUUUGAUAGCAGUUGUGUUUUUCAAAUUUAAGGACACGCCCAUCGUCAGGGCCAACAACUCAGAGCUCAGCUUCCUGCUCCUCUUCUCCCUGACUCUGUGUUUCCUGUGUUCUCUCACCUUCAUCGGCCGGCCCUCUGAGUGGUCCUGUAUGCUGCGCCACACGGCGUUUGGGAUCACCUUCGUCCUCUGCAUCUCUUGUGUUCUGGGGAAGACUAUCGUGGUGCUGAUGGCCUUCAGGGCCACACUUCCAGGAAGUGAUGUCAUGAAAUGGUUUGGGCCUUUACAGCAGAGACUCAGUGUCCUGGCUUUCACUCUCAUCCAGGUCCUGAUCUGUGUGCUGUGGUUAACAAUCUCCCCUCCUUUCCCCUUUAAGAACAUGGAACACUAUAAUGACAGGAUCAUUCUAGAAUGUGCCUUAGGUUCUGCUGUGGGCUUCUGGGCUGUGCUGGGGUAUAUAGGUCUCCUGGCUCUCUUGUGUUUUGUCCUGGCUUUCCUGGCCCGAAAGCUGCCUGAUAACUUCAAUGAAGCCAAAUUCAUCACCUUCAGCAUGUUGAUAUUCUGUGCUGUCUGGAUCACCUUUAUCCCAGCUUAUGUCAGCUCUCCUGGGAAGUUCACUGUAGCUGUGGAGAUCUUUGCCAUCCUGGCCUCCAGCUUUGCUUUACUUUUCUGUAUUUUUGGCCCAAAAUGUUUCAUCAUAUUACUGAGGCCUGAGCACAAUACUAAGAAACACAUUAUGGGGAAAACUGCCUCAAAGACCUUUUAA